AUCUUUCUGAAGAAGUUUGUUCCGAUGAUGUGGACGCUCCCUGGUGCCUCAAAACUGUACUUUUAAUAGUAUAGAUUUAGGUUUUAUUAUCAGGACAAGAUAAUUGAUUAACUUGAGUGAAUUAAGGAAGGGAAUGAAACGACACCGUCUUAGGGUUCUCUUGGUUUUUAUGGUAUAACUAUUUACCUUCUGGUGAAGGGAAAACAGAGCGCAAAGAGUUUGAAAAUUUGCGAGAGAGAGAGAGAGAGAGAGCUUCACCGAGACGACGAACACGAGGACUGAUUCACUGAUUCCGGCGGGGAAUUUUCACAGGAGAAGAUGCAUCCGCCUCUGGAGACUCAUCAGCCGGAGCGAUGCCGUCCGAUGAUGACCUCGACGGUAUCGGAGAUCGAGGAGGUUAUUACACCAGAGGCGUCAUCCGAGAGAACGACUCUUCUCAACGGCUCCAACGGUUUGUAUUCACCCGAAUCGGUGCGUCGUAGAGUGUCCGGUAAGUCGCCGGUGGACGGAGGAUCUCGUCGGAUUUGCCGGCAGCAGUCGUUCGGCCGCGACAUCGGACACGCGGCGGCGGAGACGUACCUGAUCACUGGUCUUAGCUUCAAGCUUCUUCGUUACCUCGGGGUAGGCUAUCGAUGGAUCAUGAAGCUACUUGCCCUUACAUGUUAUGCUAUGCUUCUUAUGCCUGGCUUUCUUCAAGUUGCAUACAUGUAUUUUUUCUCAUCGCAAGUACGGAGGAGUGUAGUGUACGGAGAUCAACCAAGGAAUAGGCUGGAUCUGUACUUACCAAGCAACAAUGAUGGUAUGAAGCCGGUUGUUGUUUUUGUGACUGGUGGAGCUUGGAUUAUUGGGUACAAGGCCUGGGGCUCGCUCCUAGGAAUGCAGCUAGCAGAAAGGGAUAUCAUUGUAGCAUGCGUUGACUACAGAAACUUUCCUCAGGGAACAAUAAGUGAUAUGGUGACGGAUGCUUCUCAAGGAAUCUCAUUUGUCUGCAAUAACAUAUCUGCCUUUGCAGGUGAUCCCAGCAGGAUCUACCUGAUGGGACAAUCAGCUGGUGCACAUAUAGCCGCUUGUGCUCUAUUGGAACAAGCUACCAAAGAAUCAAAAGGAGAGAGCAUCUCCUGGAGGGUUUCCCAGAUAAAAGCCUAUUUCGGACUAUCUGGAGGGUACAAUCUUUACAAUUUGGUUGAUCACUUCCAUAACCGUGGCCUGUAUCGCUCGAUUUUCCUGAGCAUAAUGGAAGGAGAAGAGUCAUUUGAAAAAUUCUCUCCAGAAGUAAGAUUGAAAGACCCAAUUGUUGGAAAAGCUGCGUCUAUGUUGCCUCCAAUUAUGCUUUUCCAUGGAUCCUCAGAUUAUUCAAUACCAUGCGAUGCAAGCAAAACUUUUGCAGACGCUCUCCAAGCUGCUGGAGCUAAAGUGGAGCUUAUUUUAUACAGCGGCAAAACACAUACAGAUUUGUUUCUUCAGGAUCCCUUAAGAGGCGGCAAAGAUGAACUCUUUGACGACAUAGUCUCUGUGAUACACGCGGAGGAUGAUGACGCGCUGGCCAAAGACUCAUUGGCUCCUCCUAGAAAACGUCUUGUCCCAGAGUUGUUGCUGAAACUAGCUCGUGAGGUUAGCCCCUUCUGAUAUAAGCUUGUUAGUUACUUGCUCUGUAUUUUCAUUUUUUUCUAUUAUUCGAUUUGUAUCUUAAAAUAUUAAUAGAAACUCUUGCAUAAUAUGUUGUAUUGUUGUUGAAGCUGAAAGCUAUUACCUUAUAACUUGA